AUGGCCGACAAAAGAGCAGAACGUAUGAUGGAGGAGGUGCUCAAGUUACCUGGUAAUGAUAACUGUGCCGAUUGUCACGCUCCAGCUCCUAGAUGGGCUUCCGUCAAUCUGGGUAUAUUCUUAUGUGUCAACUGUGCAAGUGUGCAUCGCAAGCUUGGCACUCAUAAAUCAAGAGUAAAAAGCGUUACAUUAGAUACAUGGUCGCGAGAUCAAAUUACCGCCAUGAGAACUAUAGGGAACAAAGCUUCUAAUGCUAUAUACAACCCUAACGAACGUCUUCAUCCACCUCCAACAUCUUCCACUGCCGAAGCUCGUGAUUCUGAAAUUGAACGUUACAUCCGAAAGAAAUACGAAAUAGGAGCUUUCAAAUCUCUCUCAUCCACCAAGCUUCCCCCUCAACCGACUCCCGUCAAUGUAAAUAAAGAACGAAAUGGUCGAUUAGCACCUUCAAUAGAUCCUUGGAAUCUAAAGGUCUCUAGGGUCAAUAGUCAAGGUGAAAAGAUAGGGGAGAAUAAAAGAAAUCCAGAGUUAAAUGAUGUGAUAGUAAGAUCACCUGUUCCUAGAAAAGAAAGAGAUUUACCACCUUUACCAACUGGGAAUAGUAUUUCUCCACGUCCAAUCAGUGUAUCUUUGGGAACAGGCGCGAGUGCGAGACCUAGACCGGCGAGAUCACCUUCGAGCAAUACUAUGAAUCUUGGAGGACAAAUGUCCGAUGCGGGGGUGGGGUCAAGUGGGGGAAGUAAGAAAGAGGAAGGGUUGUUGGUAGAUUUGAACGGAGGGACAAGUUCGACAUUACCAUUACAACUAAAUAAUUUUGGGACCCAACCGCAACAGAGUCAACAGUCGAUGGUCCAGGGAGGAAUGCAUUAUGGUAUGGGAUUUCAACCUCAAGCUCCUUUUCAAGGAGGGCAACAACAUUUUCAAGGGUCUCAACAGUUUUCACAGGGGUAUCCGCCAUCAAAUCAACCAUAUCUUGGACAGAUGUCAGUCGAAGGGGGAAUGAAUGUGAUGGCUGGGUCUAGUGGUUCGAACAUAUCGAACGGGUUCAACAAUAUGAACGGCUUUAACGGGAUGAAUGGUACGAAUGGCUUCCCUGGGCCACACGGUAUGAACGGAACUGGUAUGGGGAUGAACGGCUCAACGGGAAUGAACGGAAUGAACGGAACUGGCAUGGGGAUGAACGGAAUGAAUCCAGGUGGUAUGGGAAUGAGCGCAGGUGGUAUGGGAAUGAACGGAAUGAACGCAGGUGGCAUAGGGAUGAACGGCGGAGGAAUGGGAGGUUGUUUCAACGGAUACCUUAACCCUACCAAUAUGAACCAAUCAACAUAUCCUUCUCAUAUUCAAUAUCCACAAUCAAACGCACAAGGGACAUAUCAACUCCCUUCUCAAUAUCCACCAUCAAACGCACAAGGAACAUAUCAACUCCCUUCUCAAUUCCCCCAACUCUCUACCAAUGUAAACAUGGGAAUGGGAAUGGUUUCCGGUUUCCCUAAUAUGAUGCGAUGACUUUUCCUUUCUUCAUUCCCUUCCCUAUAUUUUCCUAUCCCCUUCCAGUCCAUCGUUAUUCAACGAAUACCCAAUUUGCAUCGACCAUAAAACGAUAGAGAUCGUUUGAAAUUGAUACAUACUUGAACAUAAUGUAAAUACUGUCAACUUGUCAUUUUUCUUCACAUGCAAUGAUUACAC